CUCGGAUACUUCCAUGGGAUGCAACCUACAAUUGUGCAUGGUGACUUGAAAGGGGCCAACAUUCUGGUUUCCUCCGGACGUGCGUGUUUGGUUGACUUCGGCCUUGCAACCACGCGAGACUCUCAAACACAGCUUCAGACCAACAUAAUCUCUGUUGCGGGAACCCCCUCUUUCAUGGCGCCUGAACUUUUGGAGGCGCCCCUGGAUAGACGCCCAUGUGAUAUAUUCGCAUUUGGCUGCAUAUGUUACGAGAUGUAUGAUGGAUUGCGCCCAUUCUGGGACUUAUCCCCACAGACAGUGGAUACCAAUUUUAUGAAGGGAAACCAUCCCUCACGUCCUACGAAUAACGUGUGCCUUCAACGAGGACUGGAUGACGACAUGUGGGAUUUCAUCCAGAAUUUGUGGCACCAUGAUCGAAAGCUUCGAGCUACUGCUAGCCAAGCCUCUUUGUAG